AUGUCUACAGUAAGUGAAGAUGAAACGAGAAAGGUCAAUGAGAAUCAAAAAACAUUACUUGAAUAUUCAGAUGAGUUAGAAAAACAGUUAAAAGUGCUGUCCAUAAAGCCGUUUAAGUUUUCGCAAUUCACCAAUAUCCAAACUAUUGGACAUGGAGGAUCCACGAUUGUAUACUCGGCUAUUUUUGAAGACCAAAAAUAUGCAUUAAAAAGUAUAAAAAACAGUCUGCAUUUAGAUAACAAGUCAUUUAAAAAUUUCAUCCAAGAUAUUGAACAUCUCAGAAACAUUAAUCAUCCUAAUAUCAUCAAGUUAUUUGGUACUUCGAGAGAUCCACAAACGGGUAAUUUCAUGAUUGUAUUACAAUUUGCUAAGGAUACAGAUUUGAGGAACUAUUUGGGAAAAAAGCAAAAAAAAGGACUUUAUGAAAUUUCUUGGACUGAACUUAUUAAAUUAGCGAACGGAAUCACUCAUGGAUUGAAAUAUUUACAUGAUAAGAAGAUAAUUCAUCGAGAUUUAGGUAAAAGAGAAAAAAUUAUCGAAAAUACACCCGAAGAAUAUGCCAGUCUCUACAGUAAAUGCUGGUCUUCUAAUUUAACUGACCGGCCGACUCCAGAUGAAAUAUUAAAUGAGCUUGAGAAACUACUUACAGGCGUAUCUGUCGAAUCCAUUACAAAUAACCUUGUUACGCAUAAUUAUUUAUAUGAAGAAACAGAAAAUUAUAAAGUUAAUAACAAAUUCAAAGAGUAUUAUUUACUGAUCGAGAAAAUCAUAAAUGAUUCUAUGAUUAAUUUUUUUGAUUACGAUGAAUUCAUCAAUUUUGAGAAAAUUUGUGAGAAUGGACAUGAGAAAAUUCAAAAGGCAUACUGGAAAAGUCGCGAGUUAACAGUUACUCUACAUAAUAUAAAAAUUGGCCUUAAUAUAAACAAAGAGAUCAUACAAGAAUAUAUUAAGAAAGUAUGA